GGCGACUUCAGCUCGUUUCCUUUCGGCGCGAAGUAGAGGCGUCGGCCUCGGGGCACUUCGCAGCUCCUGGGAGAGGAUGGUGGCGCUUGGAGGGCGCGCACCGCGGGAGGGGGCUGACCUGGACGAAGCGCCCACCAGCCACCACCACCCGCUGUGGGCCAGCCCCUUCUUGGCACCUCCCUCCGACAGCCGCCUCGGGCUCGGCGCCGGCCACGUCUGAAAGCGCCUCAUUGUCUGUUUGCGGCGCGACCCGGCGAGGCGGCUGUCGAGCAAGCAGCCUCCCUGGUCUCCGUAGCCGGCCCCUCCUGCCUGCCCUCUCCUUCCCGAAUUUCCUGCGUCUCUCUGGACGAAGCGCUGGCGGCUUUAAGCCGAGUUGUGCUCUACUUCAGCCAGAAUGGUGAGGCUCCGAAUUUCCAACACCACCAUUGCACUUUUCCUUGUGAUUCAGACAGGAUUUCUACUGUUUCUGUGUGCUCAACAUGGCAGCUUUAUGUCUCAUUCUGAGGAGAAGCUGCCCCAGGUGCACAUCCUCAUCCUCUCCUCGUGGAGGUCGGGGUCUUCCUUCGUCGGGCAGCUCUUCAGCCAGCACCCCGAUGUCUUCUACUUGAUGGAGCCAGCCUGGCACGUGUGGGUAACCAUGUACCAAAACAGUGCCAAGGUCUUGCACAUGGCGGUGCGGGACCUCGUCCGGUCUGUCUUCAAGUGCGACAUGUCUGUCUUUGAUGCCUACAUGCCACGGAAGAGAAACUUGUCAGAUCUUUUCCAGUGGGCAGUGAGUCGGGCGUUAUGCACAGAUCCUGCUUGUGAAUUCUUCCAUCGUACUGAUAUUACUAGUGAAAAUGCCUGCAAGAGUCUCUGUGGGAAGUACCCUUUCAGCAAAGCAGAAGAGGCCUGCAAGACCUACAGCCAUGUUGUCCUGAAGGAGGUCCGGAUCUUUGACCUCAAGGUGCUCUAUCCUCUCCUCACUGACUCCUCCCUGAACCUCAAAAUCAUCCACCUGAUACGUGACCCCAGGGCUGUUGUGAAAUCCCGGGAACAAUCAGCAAAAGCCCUUGCCCGUGACAAUGGGAUAGUUCUGAGCAUGAAUGGGACUAAAGUGGAAGAUGGCCAGUACAAGGUCUUGCAGGAGAUCUGUAGAAGCCAUGUUCAGAUUUAUGAAACAGCAACUGUGAAACCUCCAGAUUUUCUAAAAGAUCGUUACUUGAUGAUCCGAUUUGAAGAUCUCAUACGAGAUCCCUCAGUGGAAAUUACAACAAUGUAUAAAUUUGCAGGGCUUCACUUGACCAACAAACUUGAAAACUGGAUCUAUAAUAUCACCCACGGACAAGCGCCAAGUAGGAAGAGGGAGGCCUUCCAAAUCACUUCUCGAGACGCAGUGAACGUCUCCCAGGCAUGGAGGAACAUUCUUUCCUUUCAGAAAGUCAAGAGAGUGCAAGAAGUUUGCAAAGGUGCCCUCAAUAUACUUGGGUAUCAAUUUGUAGAUACUGAGAAAGAGCAAAAGGAUUUAUCUUUAGACUUAGUGUUGCCACAUCGAAAAAGUCAGUUCAGCUGGGCAUCCUUUAGUCAAAACUAGGUGAAGUAUUACUAUCUAUAUUCUUCAUUGACAGGUACCUGGAAAAUGCUUACUUUGAUUGUUGAAUCAUGUACUUCUAGUAAUUGCUCUUAUCCUUCUUCCUUUUUGCUAUGUGCAUAAACCUGAGCAAAUGGAGCCAAAGGGUGAUAGUUUGCAGAUGCAUAUCAGCUUGGAUCAGUUGUUGUACCACACUGUCAUACAGUAUUUGUAGCUUUCAGAACUGAAGGAAGUUAUGUAGCUGCUGCCCUUCUUAUUUAACAGCAAUGCAGAACUUCCAGAAACUGAAUUGCAUUCCACACAAUGGUUCAGUACAAGAGAAUUUCCCUUUACCUUUGAGAAAAAGGUAAGGAAAUAAUUGGGGUAUUCUCUGUUCUGCAUUCUUGCAUGUUUUUUUAAAUCAACAUAUUUUCACAAGCUGGACUGUACAGUUACUGAUACUUGGAGAUAAGCUUUGAUCCUCUUUGCUCAUUUUAAUUGACCAUCUGAAUGGUCACCUUGUUCGGGGUGGAGGAGCUGGAAGAAAGUUCACUGUUGCUGUUCCAGUGAACCAUUGGGCUGCUCUGUUGACAGACCAUGGACUGGUCCCUAAAAUCACUUAUCAUGUUGCUUUCUUGUGUAUGUGUGUGAGAGAAAUCUCUUCUAAUGAAAGCCAUCACGGAACAUGUAAUCUUGCGUGUUUCAUAGCUGAUCAAAAAAGAAAAUGGUAACGGAAAAGGAAGGCUUCUUUACAGUCCUGUUCUGCCAGAGACACAGUGGAAGGCUGGGUCAGGUGCCUGUCCUCCUCCUCCUCCACAGCAAAAUGACAUCAAAUUGGACACUUGAAUGUUAUAAAGAUUGUUAAAUGUUGGUGAAUGUGGCUGCUGUAUGCAGGGACUUGGGCAGAGUUUUCCAACAGAACCUGCCAGCUGUUCUUUAUCUUUUUCUGGGGCCAGCAGGACUCAUCAGUCAUGGCAUCAGUUUUGAAUGCCAUAGAGACUGUCAAGGGCCUCAGAUAUUUCCCUGGGGCUGGGGAGUUUUCCUUUCCCUUGGAUGAAAUGCUUCAACCAAAGGUGCACUUAAUUGUCUGGAACCUUUACUGUUAAUCCUGCAUCAAAAGUGCAGAGAAGUGUGUAUGGGUCCAGCAGUAGAAAAAAGCACGGGUGCAAAUGAGAAGAGGAGUGGAUAAUUUCUCAAAUGUGAAGUGUUGGAAAUCAGUAGUGCCUCUGAAACACACCCACCCUGUUCAUGAUUUGGAAGCCGUGCAGCCAAAUUCCAGACUGAGGUGAGGAGAGGGUUGUGUUGGAGGAAAUGUGUUCUGUUUAUACUCUUUUUUCCACACUCGUAUUCAACAUGCUCUGUCUGAACGCUGCCAUUAAAAAUGGACUGUGGGGCUCCCUUCUAGUUAAGGUUUGGGUGUGGGGCUGCACCCUCACUAAUCUGUACCUUUGUAUGUUAAUGAAAGUGUUAUUUCCAUGAGUCUGUGAUGAAUUCUCACUUAGAGAACUGUUGGCUAAUCUGGUUUCCAUGAAGAAGGAUAGAGUAAAUGUGAUUGAGUUGACCAUUAUGUUAUCCUUAAAUUGGGGGUUUCAGACUGGAUGAGGGUGAGGGAUGAGAUCAGCCAGAUGCUUCAAAAACCGCAAAUAGCACAGAGAUAAAUUAUUAAUAAUCUGAGAAUAUUCAAAAGACAUGGGGGGAAUUUCUGCACACUCUACCAAGUUACCGUAGGGAAUUGUUUGCACUGGAUGUUGUGAUUACUUCUGCUG